GCCAUAGAAGAACAUGAAAGUGAAGUCCUCCAACUUGAAUGUAGCAUGGAAAGCUCUCUGCCAGGUGAACAAGAGCAAAGUCAUUCAGCAGGUACUGAUAUACCGGUAGUUGUUUAUGGUAGAUGGUAUUUUAUUGUGAAAGUUAAUAAUAUACAUGAAAAAAUUUCUCUGUGAAUUUGAUUGGCGUAGAGCAGUGUACUUUUUAGUAAACACAAUGCAAAAACAAGGAAACAUAAUGCAAAAAGAAAGAAAUAUAAUGCAAAUUUAUCAGAGAAUGAAAAACUGUGAUUGGGCCAAUAAACAAUAGAAAUUUAUCAGAACUAAUUAAGUGCCACAAUUUGCUGGUGGGAAGCAUGUAUACUUUUAAAACUUCCCCCUUUUUGGUGUAAUUAAUUAUGCUCUGUUGUCUUACCUAAGUAAUCUUUCCUUUUUCUUGUAACACUUUUUUUCUCAAUAUUUUAUUUUAUGAAUUUACCUGAUUAUUUUUAUUUAUUUAUUCAUUGUGGGUUGUUUUUUUUUUUCAUUUUUGUAACCAAGAUUUUGAAAUUAAUAAAGGUGUGGGUGGGCGUGUGUGUGUAACAAAUAAGAAUGUUAAAACUUUCAUAUAUAUAUUUUUUACAUGGACUCAAAAGAGCAGCUAUAUAAUCAGUGAUUUUGUUACCUCUGCAUUCUAUCUAUGUUCCUGACACAUAAAAAUCGCCAAGGACAUAAAAUAAUUCAUGGAUAUAUUGAUCUGAACGUGUGUAUUUGUAGAAAUAUCCCGUACGUGUAAUUUCUGUGGCAGUUAUGGUUGUUGUUUAGUGAUGCAUAUUUGUUUUAGCCUUUGUUGACUUCUGCUUUAAAAUAGAAGAACUGUAUUUUAAUUUCAGUAUACUAUAAUACAGAGUUUUUCAGAUUAACUGUCUGUGGCUGGUAUAUAAAGGCCCAAACAUUUUCCAUUUUGGACUCAUUUUUUUUAACUGGGACUCAUUGGUUCUGGACUGGGACUCAUUAUUUCUCACAAGAUGAGUCCCAGAAUUCAUCAUAUUUAUUUGUAACAAAAACACUGUAAUUCAUUGAUUAGACCAUUUGUCAUGUAAUUCAAGUGUUGUUGUUGUGGUAAACAUGACAAGUCAUCAUGUCUGUACUUAAUUCUCCAUGACUGGAUUGUAGGAUUUUUGUUCUGUUUGUAUUUGAUCGUGCAUUAUUAUUAUGGGAAAACUUACCUUAGGGUUGCAUUACUUUGACUAGGACAAAGUUAAAAUACAUUGAAUUCUCAUAGAGAUAAUUAUUGUGUGGAUUAUAAUAAUGAGUUCAUUGGUUGGGUCACUCCCAUUAUAUUUGAUGACUGGUUUAUGAAAUAUCAGCACUUAGAAAAUGAUUGUCAAGGUUGUUGUAUUAUCCGAAGUUUCAAAAGUAGAAAUAUUGUGUAUUUUCUAUUUGAAAUCAGGUUUUGAGAACACUUCCACAGAUGCAGCUUUAUAAUAGUAAUUCUUGUACAGUUAUACAAGCAUGCAGUACUAGGGUGCGAAGAAAAGGAGGUCAGUUUUGUGCUUGUCCUUCGGGAAGGCUGUAGCUUGCAUCUGUUAGCCCAAGAAUCACAACUCUAUUAUCCCUCAGGCAAGAUAAAAAAUAGAAUCCACUAGCCCCAUAGCUUAUAUGAAUUGUGUAGUUGGUUAAUACAAAUAAUUCAUUUACUAGGAGAAGAGUUGGAACAACACACUCCUGCAGUAGAAAAUGGCCCAAUUGAGGGAGCAAGCAAUGUGCAGGAAACACAGCAACCUCUUCCAGAAGUAAAUAAUAGUAGCCACUUAGAAGAUGACCGCCUAAUUGCUAGAGCAAGGGCAGUUGGUGUGGACUAUGAGUUUCCAAAGCCUGGUGAAGUGGAAACGGAGGAUGACAGAAGAAAAGAUUUUAUUUACUUGAAUCCAGUCCAUUCCUUUUUCUCUCCAACAACAAUGAUAUAUUAA